GCAAAUCCCUGACGUCACUACGCCGGCCUAUGUAAAGGUGAAGCACGCGGAGCGUCAGUACAUCGUUGUCCGUCACGUCGAGCGGGUCUCAACUUUGAAUCACCCUCUGCUUCUCCGUAACUCGACGAAUCCUUAUUUCCAGCCGAUCAACCGUCAGUAAACCAUCGCUAUCUAACCGACUGGCACAUCUUUUCAUUCAUUUGCAAAGAAUGAUCAUCCGUUCGACUUUGCUGCUGAUGGUAUCGGUCACAUUCGUAAUUGCCCAAGAGUCACUAACAGGCAAUGUUUUCUCCGACAAACGUGGCUCUAUGGGAUUUCAAGGAAUGCGAGGAAAAAAGAAUUUUCUCUCCUUGGAUUCGAAUGAUUUUGAAUUUUUAAAACGCGCACCCAUGGGUUUCCAGGGUAUGCGUGGAAAGAAAAACUCGAUAAUCGCUGACGUCGAAAACGAACUUUUCCCCGAGGAUACUAACAAACGUGCACCGAUGGGUUUUCAAGGUAUGAGAGGGAAGAAGUCCUCGUUAGAUGAUGAAUAUUACAAACGUGCACCGAUGGGAUUUCAAGGAAUGAGAGGCAAAAAAUCUCUCGAGGAGAUCUUGGAUGAAAUUAAAAAACCAACUACCACGAGAUUCCAAGAUUCAAAGGAAAAGGAUAUCUACUUGAUCGAUUACCCGGAAUACUAUGGAAGGGGAAUAUUUUCCAUCGAUGGAUAUCGAAAUAUUCUCGAUAAGAAGGACGAAUUUCUAAAAGAGUGGGAAAAAAGAGCUCCAAUGGGAUUUCAUGGAACAAGGGGCAAAAAAAUGAUUCUUAAUGCACUGGAAGAACUCGAUAAACGAGGUAUUGUGGGAUUUCAUGGACUGCAACACGAGAAGGAUACAUUAGACGAUUACUUGGAUUAUUUGAUUCGUCCGUCCGAUUACGAGAAAAGGGCUGCGGAUUUUCAAGAUAUAGCAAGUGGUAGCGAAUCCUUUAAAAGGGCUCGUAUAGGUUUUCACGGAAUGAGAGGCAAAAGGGACGCUACGGAGAUUUACGGGUCCAACUCUAGUAUAACGGGAACUACGAUCGGUUAUCAAGGUAUAAGCAAUCGAGGAAACAAUCUCGGCAUGUACGAAAUUGAGAAACGCUCACCCUUCAGAUAUCUUGGAAUUCGAGGUAAAAAGCAUCCACGAUGGGAAUUUCGUGGAAAAUUUGUCGGUGUUAGGGGGAAAAAAUCGUCGACUUUGCAAACUGUCUUUUAAUGCAUUUCGAUAACAUCGAAAGGAUGAGUAUGAAUGAUGAUUCACGAAUGUUAUUAGAUAAUUAACGGUAAUUCCGCUGCUUUUGUUAACCACGACAAGCAGCAGUAACCACAACAGCAACAGCAACAGCAGCAACAACAACAACAACAACAACAACAACAACAAUCAUUGUGUAAUGCUAGUCUUCUUAUUUAAACGUGUAAAUUAAGCCGUGACGCUUGAUAGCUACAAGAGUA